UCACUCACGAUUAAUUUUAAUAAUUUUUAUUGGUUAAUAAUGGAUGAAAUGCGAGCGCAAUGGGAAGCUCUUAUGAGCAACCUGGAGAACCCCGCAGACCCUUAUGCCGAUAAAAGCUUUACAGACUCCGACGUAUGUAAGAUGUACCUGGUUGGAGUCUGCCCAUAUGACCUGUUUGAAAAUACGAAGCAUUAUCUUGGCCCCUGCUCGAAAAUACACUCUGAUGAACUGAAGUCAAAAUACCUGGAGGAACGUAAAAGCAGAUACUACGGCUAUGAAGAAGAUACCAUGCGCGUUAUAAUGCCGCUCAUCGAAGAUUGCGACCGCCGAGUACAACGUGGACGCAUGAGGGCUGAAGAUGACGGCGCUUGUAAACAGACAACAUUAGAUGAAGCAACCGUACGUGAAGCCAAGCGUAUAGACGAAGAGAUUGAAAAGAAGAUGAAAAUUGCUGACCAACUCGGGAUGAAAGGAGAAGUGGAAGAGUCGUUCAAAGUACUCGAAGAGGCUGAACUGUUAAAGAAAAAUAAACUAGAAAUGUUAGAAAAGGCCGGUGAAUCGUCAUACCAAUCGCGCAUUAAGCCGUGUGAUAUAUGCGGAGCGUUAUUGUCAGCAAGUGACACUGACCGGAGAUUAACGGAACACUACAGUGGGAAAAUACACGUUAGCUACCAGAAACUGCGUGAUAUGUCUAAGAUCCUUAAGGACUAUAUCAACGAACACAAACCACAGAGCAGUCAGAAGGGAAGUGAUCGCAGUGCUAGCCGCUCGUAUGGUAAUAGUAGAUCAAAUAACCGUAGAUAUAACCGCAAUUCCAAAUCAAAGAGUUUAAGUAGAAGUCAGAGCAGGGGCAGGUCACGACAAAGACGCAGCCGCUCACGUGAUAGACAUUACAGAAGACGUUAAAUCGAAUGGAAUCGCAUUAAAUACGGCGAAAAUGCCGUAUUGCUACCCACAGGCCUAUAGACGAAUGUAACGUCAACAUAAGGUUCACAAAUAACACUUUGUAGG